AUGUCACCUCCAAGAACGGCUGCCACAAUUCUCAGAAUUAGAGCAUCCCGAUAUGAUGAUGAUGCUCAUGUUGAUGACGAUGAUGAUGAUGAUGAUGUUCAUGUUGAUGAUGAUGAUGAUGAUGUUCAUUUUGAUGAUGAAGGUGAUAAUGAUGAUGAUAAUGAUGAUGAUUAUGAUGACAAUGAUGAUGAUGAUGAUGGUGAUGAUGAUGAUGAUGAUGAUGAUAAUGAUGUUCAUGUUGAUGACGAUGAUGAUGAUCAUGAUGAUGAUGUUCAUGUUCAUGAUGAUGAUGAUGAUGAUGCAGAUGAUGAUGAUGAUGAUGAUGACGAUGAUGAUGAUGAUGUUCAUGUUGAUGAUGAUGAUGAUGAUGAU